UUCUUCUUUCUUACUGAAAUCCCAGAAGGACGACAUUAAUUCUCAGCUUCAGGUGUGUUGGGCUUAUCCAAUUAGUGAAUAUUUCUGACUCCUGUGAGUGUCUACUUAUGAAAUAGGUUUAUUUCCUUCUUGUCUCUGCGAUCGCAAAUAGGCAGUGCCCUGGGUGUGUGAGGCACUGGAGCUUCCUCACCCGGCAGAUGGAUUCUGCACAUCUGGAUGAUGGGCAGUAUCCUGCAGGCUCAGCAUUUAGUUGGGGUCAGAUGGAAGGGUAUUUUCACAUCCUCCUCUGUGCCAAACAACUUCUCCCAGGUGCACUAGCCAGUUAGUGAGAUUACCACGUGCAUGUUCCUUCAGUAAAAAAGAGCUAAACCUUUUUACUUGGAUAAAGGAGACAGCAGAGAAAGGAUUUGUUAGCUCUGGUCUAUUUCAAACAUUACCUGCGUUAUUUAUGCAAAUAUAUGAGAUCACAAAGCUAUGUUGAAACUAUUUACAGAAACAGAUCUUGAGAAAUGCACCUUAGCAGAGAACAGGAGAGAAAGUUUAGGACAGAAAACAUUAGGAUGACUCUCCAAGGAAUAAAUUUGAAUGACCAAAAGAAGAUUCUGGACAGGAGAAAACAUGAAUCAAGUGAAUCAAGUGCUGAUAAGAACCAAGGGCCUUGACAUGCUAGACAAGAGUUCUACCAUUUAGGUACACUGACAUCCUCUAACAUACUCCUGAAUACUCAUACCCUGUUAGGACAGAUGAUCCUGCUUGUAGCUAGAAAAGACUGCAUAGUAGUUAAAAUAUAUGUGGCGUGGAAGCCAUUGCAUUCCUUAGGAAUACAGGGCAUAAAAAUCACUAUAUUUUUAAAUAUGCAAGCCUAGUGCUAAAAAUCUCAUUUGUAGCCAGGCACAUUAGCUCACAUCUGUAAUCCUAGCUACUCACUUCAUCUUUUGAGGCUAUCCCUGGCAAAAAGUUGAGCCCUUAUCUGCAUCUAUCUGACCAGGUUUUGAGACCCCAUCCCAAGUGAUACACAGCUGUCAUUCCAGCUACACAGGAAAUAUAAACAGGAGAACCUAAGUCUAGGUGAAAAUUGAGGCCCUAUUUGAGAACUAAUGAAAGCAAAAAGGGCUGGGAGUGUAGGUCAAGUGGUAGAACACCUCCCCAACAAGAACAAGGUUCUGAGUUCAAAUCCAGUACUAUUAAGAAAGGAAAGGAAGAAAGAAACUCAAGCAGAAAUUACAUUUGCAUUGUGUCUUUGAUAGUUGGGGAAAGACUAACCAUGGAAAUAAUUUUAAAACAUUUUUUCUCUUCAUUAGCCAUAGAAGUAUUGAUAUUGAAAAAGCUAGUAAGUGAAGCAUGUAAAAAAGUGAAGCAUGGGAAAAAAUAGCAAAUAAGGGACUUUUCUAGUUAAAGUAAAAAACCUUUUUCAUAUAACCAAUAUAUACUUUUUUUAGGUUUACAUUGAACAUUUUUCUAUUCAUCUUACUAUAAUAUCCCUUAGAGUUUAAGCUCAACCCCUGUCAUUAUUUGUAAGAUAAGGAGUGAUUCUAUAGUUAUAUUUUAUUUUAUAUUUAUUUGCAAGGUAAGUGAGUGGUUUUUAAUAUUUAUAUGUGUAUGCUUUUAUAUGCAUUUCUGAGGCUGUACACAAAUAUUAGCACUAUGCAUGUAUCAAAAAUUAAUGAUUCACAUUCGAAGUCAAUUAUUGUGAAAAGAAUCAUAAAUUGGUAGGAAAAGAGAGAAAGCAGAGUCUUUAAAAAGCUGAUCUUCAAAAAGAAACCAGAACAAUGGUUUUAGAAAAGACUCAGCUUUGGGCUGUAAGUGAUCAAUAGCCAGGACUCAGCUUUGGGAAGUAAGUGAUCAAUAGUCAGGACUCAGCUUUGAGCAUCCUGAGUUGGGUCAAGGUUCUCAGCAGUGAAUGGUGUGAAAUGAUCAUGAUGCCUUCAACCCGUCACUCACUGGUGGCUUGAGAAGUUUCCAUCUGCUGCAAGAAGACUUAAGGUACCCUCCCCCCCCCCUGCCCCUCCAACUCUAGCUCCAGGGUUGGUGGUGCCCUCAGCCUCAGAGUCCAGGAUUACAACCAAGACAGCAGCACUCCCUGGCUGUCGGAGACACAGUGGGCUGAAACAGUCCUGAGGCGUGGGCAGUGCCCUGUGCCAUACCAUGCCUGAGCUGAUGAAGCUUUUGUUCCCAAAGCAGCUACAAUUGAUGAGGCAACCCUGGUGGCACACGGGAGGCAGAGAAUUGGGAUGACUCCAGGCACCCUGGCAAGCCAGAGGAGGGAGGGAGGUGGUUAGGAUGGUAUGGCCAGAGAACCACCUCCUCCCAUCGGCUGGGUGCUCUCAAAGCACCAGGAUAGGCUCCAGGAGCUGGCCCUCUCCGCUGAGCGUCCCGAGGCCUCGCGUAGGACCGGCAGGCAGCUCCCGCCCACACCUCCAGGUGUGCCGUCCCCACCCUUACAUUACUCUUAGGGAAAAUUGAUGGUUUGCCCUGGCAAAGUUAAUUCCGCGAGGGAAGGGGGAAGAGAAAUGUAUAUUCCUGGGUCUGGAAAACGAAGAUUGCAGAAGGCAGCAGUUGUUUUUGGUCUGGAGUCUGGGGGACAUAAAAAAAAAAAUCCGAGGCAGAAGCUUCAGCCGCCUUUCUUCGAGCAAAGUCCACUCUGUGUGGCCGCCUGCAGCCAGGGCUGAGCGCGGAGAAACUUUGCGCCUUCCGGAAAGAUUAGAAACGGGCGCCGGGAGAGAGUGAGGCCUGACACCCGGGAUUUUGCGGGAAGGGGUGGUGGUGGGGGGGCGCAGGAUGUUUUCCAGAGCUUUCCACGUGGGGAUGGACGAGCGGAUUCACGGUGCAGAGAGCACGGCGGAGUCCUGCAGGCUGUCCCGGGGCGCUCGGGCACCCUAUUUCUCUUAGCAUGACUGUAAUCUGAUCAGUAACCGUGAGCCCUGCCUCCUGUGUCUGGCAACUGUGGAGCUGGGGCCUCAUCAUCGCCCCCAACUACAGCACCAUCAUGGCUGCCAUCUCUACUUCCACUCCUGUAAUUUCACAGCCCCAGUUCACAGCCAUGAAUGACCCACAGUGCUUCUACAAUGAGUCCAUUGCUUUCUUUUACAACCGGAGUGGGAAGUAUCUUGCCACAGAAUGGAACACAGUCAGUAAGCUGGUGAUGGGCCUUGGAAUCACCGUCUGUAUCUUUAUCAUGCUGGCCAACCUUCUGGUCAUGGUGGCAAUCUACGUCAACCGUCGCUUCCACUUUCCUAUUUAUUACUUAAUGGCUAAUCUGGCUGCUGCAGACUUCUUUGCUGGGUUAGCCUACUUCUACCUAAUGUUCAACACAGGACCCAAUACUCGGAGAUUGACUGUUAGCACAUGGCUUCUCCGUCAGGGCCUCAUUGACACCAGCCUGACAGCAUCUGUGGCCAAUUUACUGGCUAUUGCAAUCGAGAGGCAUAUUACGGUCUUCCGCAUGCAGUUGCACACACGGAUGAGCAACCGGCGGGUGGUGGUGGUCAUUGUGGUCAUCUGGACUAUGGCCAUUGUGAUGGGGGCCAUUCCCAGUGUGGGCUGGAACUGUAUCUGUGAUAUUGAAAAUUGUUCAAACAUGGCACCCCUAUACAGUGACUCAUACUUAGUUUUCUGGGCCAUUUUCAACUUGGUGACCUUUGUGGUAAUGGUGGUUCUCUAUGCUCACAUCUUUGGCUAUGUUCGUCAGAGGACUAUGAGAAUGUCUCGGCAUAGCUCUGGACCACGACGCAAUCGGGAUACCAUGAUGAGUCUUCUGAAGACUGUGGUCAUUGUGCUUGGUGCCUUUAUCAUCUGCUGGACUCCGGGACUGGUGUUGUUACUGCUAGAUGUAUGCUGCCCACAGUGUGAUGUUCUGGCCUAUGAGAAAUUCUUCCUCCUCCUGGCUGAAUUCAACUCUGCCAUGAACCCCAUCAUCUACUCCUACCGCGACAAGGAGAUGAGCGCCACCUUCAGGCAGAUCCUCUGCUGCCAGCGCAGUGAGAGCACCAAUGGCCCUACCGAGGGCUCUGACCGCUCAGCAUCCUCCCUCAACCACACCAUCCUCGCUGGAGUCCAUAGCAAUGACCAUUCUGUGGUUUAGGAAGAAAACUCAGAUGAGAAGCUCGCUGACUUCGCUGGAGGCAGAGACCACCUACCUCUCCUCUACCUGCUUACUGGGCAAAGUGGGGAGAGGGAGUGGACAGAACAAAAGAAACUCGUGUACUUAAACACUAACCAAUGGCAGUAUUUGUUCCCAGGCCCCCAGGAGACUUGAUAGAUGGUGAGAAUUAGGUUAUGUGACCACCCUUGUCCCCAACCUUUUGAAAGUAGAAAGUGGGAGUUCUCGCCAUGGAAUUCAGAAAUAAACUGGAGUGUCCAGUAAGAUAGACUACACUAACUAACUAGACUUUAGAAGAUCCUGUGUGAUUUGGUGCAGGUCAGAAGAAAUUCUGACCAAUUGAGGCUACAACUUCUUUUUUACAUACAGGUUUCCCUUUGGUUUUUAUUUUUCAAGAAUACAUUUCCUUUAAUAAACAUGUGUAUACCUUUUGGCAGGAUUGUGAUGGGUAAGACUAUAGACUGUUAAGCUACCAUGGUUUUCUUUUUGUCCUUGUAUAAGAAAACUGUAAAUUAGAAUUAUUAUUAUUUUUUGCCUAGAAAGCAUGCAUGUAAUGUAUGUAUACAGUAUGCUUUACUUAAAAAGAUAAAAGAAUACUAAUUUUAAGAUUUCUAGGACAGAGAAGUUCUAGUUAUGAAAAAUAGUCUUUGUUUAGGCUCUGAAAGAAAUAAUGCUUUAAUCACAAUAUUACCUGUUUAAAUUAAAGUGUUGUAACAAGUGUAAAGGGAAUAGGGAAUAUGAACUUAUCACCAAAAGAUAUACUCUAAAAAAUCAUAGAGGACAAAACACAGUAAUAUUGUUUCUACAUAUUUGAAACCCCAAGUAUGUUCUUUUUGCUCAUAUGUGAGAGAAAAACUUUAAUAGCCUGUGGUUUUCUGAGUUAUGCAAUAAUACUUACUGUAGAAAACUUGAAGAUUGCAGAGAUAUGUAUAAAAAGUAAAAGAUAAUUACCAAUAAUAUCACAACCCAGAAAUAACCAUCAUUAGUGGUCUCCUUCCAUGUAUGCCUGUAAGCAUAUUAUAUACUUUCUUACAUGAUUGGGAUAAUGCUAUAAACAACUUUAUAACUAGUUUUUUAUUACAGAAUUGCCAGAUUUUUUAUGGUAUUAAAAUUUUUACAGAAAUAAUUUUAGUAGCUAUGUCAUAUUCCAUUUAAUAGCUCCAACUCAUUUCAUUUAACCAUUGCCAUACAAUUGACUCUUGAGGUUAUUUCAAAUUUUUACUGCUAUAAAAUUUCAAAAAUAUGUUGUAUAUGUAAAACAUUGACCAUAGAAUCAAUUACUUAGGUUGUAUUCCCAUGAAGGAUUCUUUUUUAAAUGUGAACUAUCUUCUUAUACCUGUACUUUUUAUAAAUAAGGAUUUCCUACUUUUUAACUGCUUUGGUGGCAGUUGUGAGGAAAACCAGUUAAAAUUCCUUUUUUUUUUUUUUUACAAAAGAAAGAAAGUGGUUACUUUAGUUGAGAGUGACUUUCUUUGAAUAUAACAGGAUGGAUUUGAAAGUCAACAGUCUCAGUUAACAGAACACUCUAGCCAUUUCAAUUUUUGUUUUGCAGGGAAUGAUCCCCACUUUUGGUAGCCACGACUGUAAUGUAAUAUAAUACAAAGAAAUCAAACAUGCCAUGUGAAUGAAUGAUCAAUGAAUUAAUUAGCUAGGGGCUCUUCUCUAGCAAGGGGAUGGCAUGACUGGGUAUGGGACUGGUUACCGUGUGUUCUCCAGAAACUGCCCACAUGGGCGGCUGCCACAUUAGGUGACAUCUAUGUAAUAAUGCAUUGUCCAGGCAAACUCUGGAGUGUUUCAGUUUGUGGUAAAGAGAAACUAGAAAGUAAUGCAGUCUUGAAGCAGGUAUGGGGAAGUGAGGAGGAAGUCUCAGAGGAAGAACUGAAGAAGAAUGGCCGUCUAGGAAGGAGGAAAUCAGUGUGUGGCCGGCAUUUGAAUGGAAAGGGUUGCUUUGUAGAGCACUUCCAGGGAUGAGAAUGUGGGAACCCGUUGGCAGAAAGGUGUCUGCGUGAAUGUUACACAAAACACAGAGCAUUUUAGACUGGAAGUAUAGGAAAUGAACUUGGACCUUAACGGAGGUGCCUAUUUUGAUGGGGGAGCUGUGGACUAUUUGAAAUGAAAAGCAUCCUAAUUGGACUUAAUAAAUCAUUCUCAAUCUGUGUUUGCUAA